GACUUUGGGGUAAUGUAGCAUCUGCUUAACUAGUCUCUCCUCGACUUUGCGUUCGUCCGUCGAACUCCGACUGUCCGAGUCAUGACUCUGACUGAGCUGAGUUCGAGUCGGACGGACGGAACGCGGUGCCGCGGGGCGGUGUCACUCAGUCUCAGGCUGUCAAUUGAGCAAUAAUUAGUUCGGCUACUCGUGAGAAGAGAAAGGGGAAAAUGCAUCUCUUAAAAUUUCUCCUGGUUUUACUUAUUCUUGGAAUAAGUCUCCCGGCCCUGGUCCAGUCCAAGGGGGCACCCCACAAGGCUGAGAUUGAAGACAAUGAAUUUGCAGAGUUUGAAGACUUGGAUGAAGAUGAGGAUGAAGACUUCAUCGCCGUGGAGACUGAAGAGGAAGAGGAGGAUGACAGGGAGUUUGAUGAUAUGAUGACUGAAGAUGGGGAGGAUGUCAUCGAUAGAGAUGAAUUUGGUGAUGAUGAUGAGGAUAUGCUGGAAGAUGAAGAUGAAUUUGACCACUUCCAGGAUACAGAAGAAUUUGAGAACUUUGAGGAGCGACCUGCCAAGGGAAAAGGGAAAGAGUCUCCUGAUCUUGAAAUCACCAAGGUCCCCCUUCAUCUGCGAAACAGCUGGGACAGCUACUACUUGGAGCUGUUGAUGUUGGCUGGUGUAGCAGCUUACCUUCUAAACUACAUGAAUGGCAAGUCAAAGAACCAAAGACUUGCCACAGCUUGGCUCAACUGCCACAAGGAACUCCUGGAAGCCAACUUUGCUCUUGUGGGUGAUGAUGGCUCAAAGGAGAUGCCUACAUCGGUGAACCUGUUAAAGCAAAGCGAGAACAGAUACUGUCUCUGGUGUUCAGGGAGAGUGUUCUGUGAAGGAAUGCUUGUCGAACUAAAGUUUUUAAAGAGACAAGAUCUCCUGAGUGCAAUAUCACGUACCAUGCAUCCAGCGGCAGAUGAAAUAAAAGUGACGGUGACCUUGGAUUCUGAUGCUAUGGAUAGCUUUGUCCUGUUCUUUGGGAACAAGAAGAUCGCCAACCGCAUGCUGAAGGAGAUGCAGGAUCUGGGUCAGUAUUGUGGCGAUAAGAGGAGUGGUGAUAAAUUUGGGUUACCUGCAAGCACAGUAGUACUAGCUGAAUUAGGAGAGGUUGUCAAUGGGGUUCUGGACACUAAGGUUCUGAACUGUUUGAACAGCCAUCCAGAAAUGUUUGAUUAUAUGCAUAUCUCGGACCAAUUUUCUGGCCCAAAACCUGCGGCUGAGGAUGAACAGCCAACUACAAUGCCUCCCACUGAAAAGGUGCUCAUUUGUAACUUCAAAGUCCCCGGUAAUGGACGAAGCGCUAAGAGCGACAUCGAAGACAUGCUACCUAUGAUGAAGAUGGUUAUCUACCUUGUUGAUAAGAUCAAGAGGUUCCGUCUUUCUAAGGAGGGCAAGAUGAAAGCCGAGAGGAUCCGUGCCAAAGUUUCCGAAUCUUACGUCAAGCUUGCCCACGCCCAGAGGCAGGAGCUUGCCCAGCAGCGUCGUGAAGACAAACGUCGCGCCGAGAAGGAACGUCUUCUCAACGAGGAUGAUCCUGACAAGGCCCGCCGCCUUGAGGAUAAGCAAUACAAGAAGGACAUGCGUAAACGUAUGAACCCCAACAUGAAGCAGAUCAAGGUCCGAGGUACAUAGAGAGCUACUAGGAUCCCUCUCUCAGCCAAGACUUUAGCACCAUAUCACCCGUCAAUUCUAGUUCACAUCCAUAUUUCUCUGAUACAAGUAGGCUUAGUGGAGCGUCUAAUGUCGAUCUUGUCAAUGAUUUUCAAUGAAUUGUAAUAGAGUACCAAAGUGAAGAUGUCACAAAAAACAUUUUUUGCAUUUCAGCAUGUUUUGAUACCAUAUUCCCGUAGAGCAUGAUGAAAAGCCCCCACUUCGGAAAUUUUGUGAAAAUCGGUCCAUGGGGGCCUGAGAUAUGACCCCAGGAAUACAUAAUUAGCCCUAUUGAAGUCAAUAUAUUAUUGGCCUGGUUCCUAACAUUUAGAAACAGGCCAAUAAUACAUUGAUGUCAAUGGGGCUAAUUAGGUAUUCAUGAGGUCAUAUCUUGGGUCCCCACGGACUGAUUCCCACAACAUUUGUGUUGUGGGGGUUUUCCAUCAUGCUCUACCAGAAUAUGGUAUAAAAAAUGCUGAAAUGCAAAAGUGACAAUUGAUGACAUCACACUUCAUUACUCUAUAAGCGACUGAAAUCCUCAUGUUUGAUUGGAUAAUUUGUCAAUGCCAAUUAGGUAUCCUGUCAAAAUGUCUCUUUUUCUUGCGGGAAUCCAGCUAUUAAGGCACUACGCAUCUUUUAUAGCGGCUUGCCUGCACUCCCCAUCAUUUUGUCUGUGAUGAAGUGUGAGAAUCUGUAAUGAAAGGUUGGUUGCGGGAUUCCUGCAUGAAGGACGCUGCUUCGACCUUUGACAAGGUACCUGGUACCGUUUUCACUAACUCAUGAUUUUUUGGUCCGCACAAGGCCAGCACUAAAAUCACCACACAAUACAAAUUGCGCUCAGCAACUAUAGCAGAGCCGUGCUACUUUUAUGAUCACAAAUUCAAAAACUCUAGUACAAAAGGGAUAAUUGUCAUGGUAACUGAACACGCCAUAAUACAGAGUUUCCGUGCUCCGUAUCGUUACCUUUGUGUGAGGAAUUUUGGCCCUGGUGCUGCUAUCAUUCAUAAUCUCUUUGGUUGGUACCUAGUGUGGGCCUGGCGCUGGUCUGGUGCUGAUGAAAGCAGCUCCAAAAUAGCCUGGGCCUUGUCCGGACCAGCGAGUUACUGAAAGGUGUAUUAGUUACAAGUUUUCAUGAAAACAUUCAACUGGGCCCUGUAGCAUAGAAGGUGCAAUCAAUUGUAAAGCGCAAAUAUCAACUGCAUCUCCUUCAAGUUACAGGGCCAAGGGUCUUGUUACGGUUAAGAGAUGCAACUAAUUGUUUUGCAAUCAAUUGUUUGACAAUCUAAUGUACAAUAAAAUGUAUGGUGAACCAUGUAAUUGAUUGUAAAUUAAAGUUAUAAUCAAUUGUGUAUACCAGUUGUAUCUCUUUAAUUUACAUCCACAGACAUGGUCUGUCCCGAUGAUGUUCACAAUCACCAAAAGUAGAAAACAAAGUUCACAGAAUAUCUUGAUAAUAUUUUUUGUUUUGGUGGAGUUUAUUACAAGCACGUUCAUAUUUGCCUUACUUUAUAAGUGGACAGUUGUGUUUUAAAGAGCAUCAGUUACUCUUCGCUGAAAGAGUGGCCAAGUUUUCUGAUCAAACAAAAAUUAAAGGGGCAAGCCCUGUUCCUCACAGUGGUCUACCAUUCCGUUCUUUUGUGUACUGAGAUUAUCCUGAUCAAGGGAUUGAAGGGGUAAGCCUUAGUGUGGUGAUUUCAUGGUACACCAUGUAUUCUUUUGUGGGCAUAUGCUGGUCCUGAAAAGGACCACCCAAACUCGAUGUUUCGACAAGUGUGUUCUUCUGAAGAUGACAAGAACACAUUUGUCUAAACAUCGAGUUUGGGUGGUCCUUUUUAAGACCAGCAUAUGCCCACAAAUAAAUACAUGGUGUACCCCUAAGACCACUACCAGUACACUCUUUGCCAUGGAAACCUUCAGAAGUUACGGCAAGCCAUGUUAACACACAAUGGUCUGCCCCUUCAGUCUUCUGUUUGAGAUGGUCUGGCACCACUGUCUUAUUAAUACAGUAUAUAUGGUUUCAUAGAGCUAUGCUCAUCAAUACUAGUUUAUUUUAUGUAUUAUUGUAGCUCAAAUAUAUUCAGAUGAGAGAGGGGGAUCCAAGAUAGGGUAUUGUAGUAGGAAUGUAAGUUGUGGGUUGUAUAGUUAGUAUGUUGUAUUAUGUUUUGUCUCUGUUUAACACUUAACAACCAAUGAUAAUUAUUUUGUCAUUAAUGCACUUAAUUGUUGAUGGAUUUUUUUUUUUUCCAGCAAAAGCUACAAAAUUGCAUUGAAAUGAUAAUGAAUUUUCUAACAGACAUAUAAAAAAAAAAUUGACUGGUUGGUAAAAACAGAUUUAAUGUCAAUGGAGUUUUAAAAUUCUUUAUCACUCAUUACCAGCUAUUGCUACAGGCUUCUUAAAUCAUGCAAUUUGACUGGUCAAGUCUUGUUGAUUUCAAGCAUUUAUUAUUGGUAACAAGUUUUAUGAAACCUAAUCCUGGCUUUGAUUGGCUCUGGAGUCCUGUCCUAGUUAAUAUUAUUGGCAAAGUAAUCAUCAAUGAAAAGGAAAUGAAUUAUUUCAAUUUGGUAAAGAUCAGUGUUUAUAAGUAAAGCAAUGAUGUUUUUUUUAAUGAAAAGGGUGAUAUGAUUUUAUCAUGAUAACGUAGAUUGCAAAUCAUUGGAUAGGGGAUGGGGUCACUUAUGUCAUAUCCCUCUUACUUAUUACCUUUCUUCUUGAUUGGGGAAAAAAACAACUGGAAAUUUAUUCAUAUGUAUGGGAAAUAUCUGUUAUGAUGAAUCAUUAUUCCCUUUUUUGAAAUAUUAUGUGCUACAAGAAAUAUCAUUAUUAAAAAGAUAUGAUUUGAUUAUUUAUCUUUCAAUUCUUAACUCGAUUGUAUUUUUUCCAUCCUUUUCUUUCAUCUUUCAAAAAUUUUCCUCAUUUUCGAAGCCUUUAAAGUGAAAUAUGUACAGAAUUUACAUUUCUUGUUGAGUAUGAAUAAUCACUUAGACAUUUCUGUCCUAGAUAUUCUCUGCCUGUGUAGCAUCACAUUCUGAAUGUCGAUUGUGUAGCACAAGUGUAGGUUCUCGUUCUAUGAUAUGGUUUGUAUAUAAAAGAAGGCUAUUUUUGGCAAAGAUUGUGCAAUUUAUGUCUAUGUGAGAAAAGAGGUUAGUAUCGAUUUGGUCUACUAGCAGAUGGUCUAAUCCUCAGAUUGUCUAUGCCAUUGUAGCUAAAAAAUAUUUGGACUUCUAUCAGUUAAGCCUACUAAAAUGUGUAGUCCACCCAUUACUUCGUCUAAUUGACAAUUGGUCUAUUUAUUAUUUAGCCUCAUGGCCAAUUUUCACAUUGUCUUUUAUUUGCUUUAAGUUGCCAAGUGGAAAUUUGAUUCAGUUCACCUAAUCAUAUGGUGUUAGACCAAUUGGAUAUUUGACAAAACGGGUAAAAACUAUAUGGAAAUCAGACAAAAUGGUGAACGGCCUGAUUGAGAUUGUAAUUAGGCCAAAUAUUUACUAGAAAAACUGGACGUCUAUGAACUGGGAUUAGAUCGCGUGGGAUGAGACCAAAUUGAAAGUAGAGACUGGAUGUAAACCAAUUUACCAGAAAAGUUGCAGUAAGAAUACAAAAUCAUCUUUUAUUACUCUACUCCAUGAUAACAAUGGUUAACAAAAUCAUUUCCUUUUGAAAGAACGAUUGAAUUGUUUGCAAAUGAGUAUAGAUUCCUGAUUCAUUUUUGGAUUGAAAUUAAAGAAGUUAUUUGAAAUGUAA